AUGGAGUUGGUUAAAAGCCACGCACCUGAUAUAAUUUUCCUCAUGGAGACGAAGAACAAGGAAGAAGAGAUUCUCCGACUUCUCCCACUCACAGACUAUGUGCCCAGAUUCGUGCUUCCACCAAAUAGCCCGGGAAGUGGUGGACUUGCGCUAUACUGGAAGCAAGAGAUCUCACUCCAAGUCCUCUCCUCAUGUAAAUCCUACAUCGACACAUCCAUCACUUAUAAAGGAAACACUUUCUUCUCGACUUUUGUCUACGGGGAACCAGAUUUCUCUCUGAGAAAAGAAGUGUGGGAUGAAGUAACAAACCUGGGACUCGUGCGAGAUAAACCGUGGUUUUUGACCAGGGACUUUAAUGAUAUCAUCGACAUCUCAGAGAAGUCAGGAGGCAAACAACAAACGGAGGCAUCUUUUGGUGAUUUCCGCGCUUUCAUCUCCCAAAGUGACCUCUACGAUUUGCAGCAUACCGGUAACUUCUUGUCCUGGCGAGGAGUACGGUACACGCACCUGGUACACUGUCGACUGGAUCUUGCGAUGGCCAACAGCAUGUGGCUGGACCUCUACCCAUCUAGCCGAUGUCACUACCUAGACUUCGAGGGAUCUGACCACAGGCCCAUCUUCACAGAACUACAACCUGAAAAGAAGAAGAAAAGAGGCAUCUUCAGAUACGACAGAGCAAUGCGACAUAACACUGAGAUAUCAAAGCUGAUUGAUGCUACUUGGAACAAAGUAAAAGACGACUCAGUAGAAAGAAGAAUCAAUAACUGCAGGAAAGCUAUAUCUUACUGGAAUCGGAAAAAUCACGUCAACAACCGGAAACUGAUAGAGGAGGAGAAAGCCAAUCUGGAAAGAGCAAUGAGUGCAUCAGCAGCCGAUCCAGCCCUGAUCCAAAGAAGGGACAAGAAUUCAGGUUACUUUCACGCAAUAACGAGAGGGAGAAAGGCUAUAAAUAAGUUCUUAGUCUUAGAAGAAAAAGAGGGCCAACCUGUCUACGAGGAAGAUGACUUUGUCAGAGUCAUCAGCGCCUACUUCCAAGAUAUCUUUAUCACGAGAUCCACACAAUGCACGUAUACAGUCAAUCGAGCACUCAAACCGUGUAUCUCUUAUGAAGUCAAUGAUAGCCUCAUAGCCAUUCCAUCCAAUGAAGAAAUCAGAGCAGCUCUAUUUGCGAUCCACCCUGACAAAGCCCCAGGUCCUGAUGGCUUUUCUGCAAGCUUUUUCCAGACAAAUUGGUUAGUGGUCAAAGAGAAAAUGACUUCGGAGAUCAGAGAUUUCUUCAUUUCUGGAUCACUACCAACAUCAAUCAACAAAACCUAUGUUCGCCUUAUUCCAAAAGUCAAAUCCCCAAAAACGGUGGCCGAGUAUAGACCCAUUGCGCUCUGUAAUGUUUUCUACAAAAUCAUCUCUAAGCUACUCACCAAACGUCUACAACCUAUCCUCCCAACAAUUAUCUCUGAAAACCAGACGGCCUUUGUACCCGGAAGAGCUAUUUCGGAUAAUGUGUUGAUUACACACGAAACCCUACACUACUUAAAAGGCUCGAAAGCGACAAAGUACUGUUCUAUGGCGGUCAAGACCGAUAUGAGCAAGGCUUAUGACAGGCUGGAAUGGAAUUUUAUAACUACGGUUCUAGAAAGGAUGGGGUUUCAUGCUAAGUGGAUUAACUGGAUUUUCCAGUGUAUAUCUACAGUCUCCUACUCGUUCUUGGUUAACGGGACAGCUCAAGGAAGUGUCAUACCUCAACGUGGAAUAAGACAGGGGGACCCGUUGUCGCCUUUCAUCUUCAUUCUCUGUGGGGAAGUGCUCACGGGACUCUGCAACAACGCCCAAGUUGGUCUAAUACCAGGUAUUAAAGUAGCAAAGGAAAGUCCACGGAUAAAUCACCUGUUGUUCGCGGAUGACACAAUGUUCUUCUGUCAAACCAAACUCCAAUGCUGUGAUUCACUCGCUUCAAUCCUGCGACAGUAUGAGGAAGCAUCAGGGCAACAAAUCAAUAAGCAGAAAUCGUCUAUCACAUUCUCGUCGAAAACUCCCCAAGAUAUAAGAGUCAGAGUGAAGCAAACACUUGGGAUAGAAACGGAAGGAGGCCAAGGUAAAUACUUGGGCUUACCUGAGAGCUUCAGUCGGAAAAAGAAAGACCUCUUCUCCGUGAUAGUCGACCGCAUACGCCAGAAAGCAGUACACUAUGCCUCUCGACGACUAUCCAUAGCAGGCAAGCUGACACUGAUCAAAAGUGUCCUCUCGGCCAUACCCACCUAUUCUAUGUCAAGCUUCAAGCUCCCGUUGGGCAGAGCAAUUGGUAACGGCCAAAGCACAUCACUGUGGAAUGAUUCUUGGCUGUCCCACACAACACCGCUUAAACCCUUGGGACCGCCAAAUCUACAGGACAAAGAUGCAACGGUGGCGUCUUUAAUCAAUGCAUCAGGAUGGGAUAAACAGAAGAUAGAAGACUUGAUCCCACACCACUUACCUCAGAUUAUGAGCAUCCGUCCUAGCCUAAAAGGAGCUCAAGACUGUUAUGUGUGGAUCCCUUCAAAAUCAGGUGACUAUACAGUCAAGACGGGUUACCAUAUUUCCAGAUCCCUAAGAGAGCAGCCUGCAGGCAACAUUCACACAACAAUCAAUUGGAAUGCAGACAUUUGGUUAGGGCACUUGUCCCUCAAAAUUAAACUCUUUUUACGGAAGAUUCUACAUAAAGCUUUACCUAUGGGAGAGAAUCUCCUGAAUAGAGGCUUGUUGGAUAGUGCCUGCUGUAUUCACUGUGGUGAACUAGAAACUGACGAACACCUUUUCUUCCGGUGUGAGUUCGCUCGAAAAGUCUGGGCUCUAGCUCCGUUCUCGAAAACCAUUGACCUCACUUCAAUCAACUUCGAGGCCUCUGUGACUGUUUUGAAACGCCUGAUUUGUUUACCACCAACGGGAAUCAGCUCCGGCCCUCUUUCCCCGUGGAUCUUCUGGACGAUUUGGUCAGCCCGGAACCACCGUCUUUUCGAAAAUCGACCUUUCUCACCUGAGGAAUCCAACCUCAAAGCUAUUCAAGACGCGCGAGAGUGGCAAGAGGCACAGAUUCCAGAGAAGAAGCUCCCUCUAGCUAAUCUGAGCCUAAACACCAAACGACUUCACCCGGACACAGUUGUUUGCUUCACUGAUGGAUCGUGGCUACCGGAGACUACAAUAGCGGGCACAGGAUGGAUUUUCACCACCAUGGAUGGCACACAAAUUGAUGCCGGAAGUUUAGCGGAACCUUUCGCGAGCUCUCCUCUCAUGGCAGAAGCCAUAGCAAUCAGAUCGGCUUUAAUCCAAGCCUUGGAGAAGAAUUUCCUCCACCUGCAAAUCAAAUCAGACGCUCAUGAUCUGAUCUGA